AUGAACGCACUUUUAAUCCCAAUAACACGAAACAACCAAGUCGUUCGCCGUUCGAACAUGGUUUAUAUCGUUGAUAAAUUAAAAACACUAAGUACAUGCAUGCCAUACACACCAAAACCAUUGGAUUUGCCAAUACCUGCUUCGGAACAAAACAUUCCUCCAAAAGAUCAAACUCAAACACAGGCGAGCAUUGAACAAGAAGAGGAAGAAUUCAUCAAAAAUAACUAUGUAGCAAGAACUUUAUUGAAUGAACCGGAACUGCCACCAAUCACCUGGUCGAAUUGGUACAAAGAAGUGAACUGGCCACAAGCAGCAUUAUUAUGCACUGAGCCUUUUAUUGCCCUGUAUGGUUUGUUUACAACAGGAUUCGUCUGGCAAACAUUCAUUUUUACAAUCAUCUGGUAUUUUCUUACUGGUCUCGGCAUCACCGCUGGUUAUCAUCGCUUAUUCGCUCAUCGUGCUUAUGAAGCAACAUUACCUUUACGUUAUAUUCUUCUUGUAUUUGGUGCCGGUGCCGUUCAAGGUUCAGCACAAUGGUGGUCACGUGGUCACCGAGCACAUCAUCGUUACACCGAUACUGAUCUCGAUCCGUACAGUGCACACAAAGGCAUGUUUUAUUCUCACAUUGGUUGGUUAAUCUUUAAACCUCGCCGAAAACCAGGUGUAGCUGACGUUACAGAUUUACAUCGUGAUCCAACUGUUCAAUGGCAGCAUCGAAAUUACUUAACUUUAGCAUUUUUAAUGUCUUUUAUUUUACCAACACUUAUUUCUGGACUCGGCUGGGGUGAUUAUCGUGGUGGUUACUUUUUUGCCGGUGUUCUUCGUUUAGUUUUUGUUCAUCAUUCAACGUUCUGUGUCAAUUCUUUAGCACAUUAUUUAGGUGAUGCACCGUUCGAUGAUCGACAUACACCACGCGAUCAUUUUAUCACUGCUUUAGUAACUCUCGGCGAAGGUUACCACAAUUUUCAUCAUGAAUUUCCAUCAGAUUAUCGAAAUGCGCUCAAAUGGUUUCAAUAUGAUCCAACGAAAUUAAUGAUUUCAUUUUUCAAAACAAUUGGCUUAGCUCAUAAUCUGAAAGAAUUUCCACAUAAUGAAAUCCAAAAGGGUCGUUACACAAUGGCGCACAAAGAACUAGAUAAAUUUGGCCGAACGAUUGCUUGGCCGAAAGGAAGUGCUGAAUUACCUAUUGUUACGUAUGAAGAAUACCAAGAACUAUCGAAGGAAGAUAAUGGCCGUGCUUUAGUUUUGAUUGCUGGUUUUAUUCAUGAUGUUAGUAAUUUCAUUGAUUCACAUCCUGGUGGACGAGCUUUUAUUCGAAGUUACGUUGGAAAAGAUGCAACCGUCGCGUUCUAUGGUGGUGUACACGAUCAUAAUACAGCUGCACACAACAUGCUUGCUAUGAUGCGAGUAGCUGUGUGUAAAUAUGGUGGUGAAGUUGAACAUAUAAAGAAACGACUAGGACACGUUCAAACCCCGACUCCGAUAUUUGCGUAA